UAGUUGGACCUUCUCUAUAUGUAUUCUCUUCACGCUCCUGGUAACACGAUUUUAGCAUGUUCUUAUUCAUGUUGUGUGCAAGAAUUUCUAUUAAAGCAUGUGGUAUAUUUCUAAUAAAAGUUUUUGAAAUACGCAAUUAAUUGUUUAUUGUUUUAAAUUGAUUUUGGUGCUGUGAAUUUGACAAAAACUACGAAAGUGGUAAAAAUAACGAAGUGGAUAUCAUUAACCGGCUGACAAAAAAAUCACUGCAAAUUUUAUAACCACAUGCUUGCUUGGCUAGAAAACAUCAUCGCAGUUGUCAAGUGUAUUCAUCGAAAAAUUAUAGAAAAACAAUUCUAGUGCGCCUUUUUUACUUUUUCGUUCGGAAAGUGGAAACUUGCUACUUUUAAAAAGAUGAAAUACAUUUUAGUAACUGGUGGUGUUAUCAGUGGUGUCGGUAAAGGUGUUAUCGCAUCAUCCUUUGGAACCUUGUUAAAAUCAUGUGGUCUUAAUGUAACGUCAAUUAAAAUAGAUCCAUACAUCAAUAUAGAUGCAGGAACAUUUUCACCUUAUGAGCACGGUGAAGUAUAUGUCCUGGAUGAUGGCGGUGAGGUCGACUUGGAUUUGGGCAAUUAUGAGCGAUUUUUGGAUAUAACUUUGCAUCGCGACAACAAUAUAACAACUGGUAAGAUUUAUCAGAAAGUUAUUGAGAAAGAACGUACUGGUGAAUAUUUGGGCAAAACUGUACAAGUUGUUCCACAUAUUACCGACGCCAUCCAAGAGUGGGUAGAACGCGUGUCUCAACGUCCAGUGCAAGGCAACUCACAGCCGCAAGUGUGUAUUAUAGAAUUGGGUGGCACAAUCGGUGACAUUGAGGGUAUGCCUUUCGUGGAAGCUUUCCGCCAAUUUCAAUUUCGCGUAAAACGUGAAAAUUUCUGUGUAGCGCACGUCUCACUUGUACCCUCACCACGUUCCACUGGUGAACCGAAAACAAAACCAACACAAAGUUCUGUACGUGAGUUGCGUGGUUUUGGUUUGAGCCCUGAUUUAAUAGUUUGUCGGUCGGAGAAACCAAUCGGUCUCGAAGUGAAGGAAAAAAUUAGUAACUUUUGUCAUGUAGCGCCAGAUCAGGUUAUAUGCAUUCAUGAUCUUAGCUCUAUAUACCAUGUACCAUUAUUAAUGGAACAGAACGGCGUUAUAGAGUUCCUCAAUGACCGUCUGCAGCUGAAAAUUGAGUCAGUAAAGCGUGAGAAAUGCCUGCAGCAAUGGAAGGACCUUGCACGCCGCUCUGAGACUCUCCGCGAGGAAGUGAAUAUUGCCAUUGUGGGUAAAUAUACGCGUUUAGAAGAUUCGUACGCAUCCGUGGUGAAGGCACUCCAACAUGCCUCACUUGCUGCAGGUUUUAAGUUAAACUUGAGAUUCAUUGAAGCCUGCCACCUGGAGACCGGUACACGGGACAAAGACCCUACUAAAUAUCAUGAGGCUUGGAUGCAGCUUUGCGAUAGCGAAGGCGUAGUUGUGCCAGGUGGAUUUGGUUCACGUGGCAUGGAAGGCAAAAUAGUUGCAUGCAAUUGGUGUCGCGAGAAACAGAAGCCCAUGCUGGGCAUUUGUUUAGGUCUGCAAGCGGCUGUUAUUGAGUUUGCACGAAAUGUGCUGGGCCUAAAGGACGCAAACACUACAGAAAUCGAUCCCAAGGUCGGCAAUCCACUUGUUAUUGACAUGCCCGAACAUCACACUGGUCAAAUGGGUGGCACGAUGCGUUUAGGUAAACGUAGAACCACUUUUUCGGAUGAGAAAAGCAUUAUAAAAAUGCUCUAUGGCAAUCCAAAAACUAUUGAUGAGCGCCAUCGACAUCGCUACGAAGUAAAUCCAAAAUAUGUUCCUACGUUGGAGGAACAUGGCAUGCGUUUUGUAGGCUAUGAUGAUGAAAAACGUCGUAUGGAGGUUAUUGAGUUGCGUGACCAUCCUUAUUUUGUUGCCACACAAUAUCAUCCCGAAUACUUGUCACGGCCGCUUAAGCCAUCACCACCAUUUCUGGGGCUAAUAUUAGCUUCGAAGAAGCGGCUGGGUAACUAUUUGGCACGUGGUUGCCGUUUGUCUCCACGUCAGCUCUCCGAUGCAUCAUCUGAUGAAGAGCUAUCGGCCGAGGAGUGCGAAAAACUCGUUAAUGCUGUGAAGCCAUUGCAAUUAAAUGGAUAUUUAUCGCCGUCAACUCCUGUACGUCUGUCAAAUGGACGCGCUAAGGAUGCAAAACCAAAUGGCAAAGGGAUAGUAUCGGAGGAAAAACAGCUGAAUGGAGAUCCUAAAGCUAAUACGCCAACUGGAGCUACCAAUGGUUUUAGCAGUAAUGACAACUUGCGUUAAACAUAUGUAGAAGCGGUUUUCCAUAAUAUAUAAGAAAUGGUUAGAUAGAGAUAAUUCAAUUGGUAAAAUAUUUCAAAAAUGUUAAUUUUAUUAGUUUAUCUUCAGUUGCUUAUACAUAUGUAUGUGUUACACUUUUUAAAAAAUUCUCACAUUUUCUUUUUUUGGUAUUAGCAGUUUUCAAUUAAAUAUUUAGCUCCGCAAAAACAUUUGCGAGUGUACAUUUAUUCUGUGGUACUGGUGGGUGUGCAUGGUGGCGGUUCAAUCUUUAAAAACACUUUUGCCUACCUACCCACUCACUCGCUCGCUUGCUCCGAUCCGCUUGGAAGAGGCUGAGCUAGCCUUCAACAGAUGCACCAUUUAUUCACCGCCACCUGAAGCACUCACACCAGCAAACAAAAUAAAAAACAGAAUAACACUUACAUAUGUAGAUAUGUAAGCACAUUUCUUUUUGAAUACUGCUAAUAAAUUUUGAAUACUGUGAGUGAGGCGUGUAACAAUUCCAAAACAAUGUUAUCGCUAACUUAACUAUGUAUAAUUAUUUUUUAGUUUUCAAAUUUAAAUAUUUUAUUGCUCUAGCACCGUUAAUGUUAUUAUACAAAAGUGAAUUCAAUUUGGCAAAGUCCUUACGGUCUAACUUUGGGUUAAUAUUCAAGAUAGAUUAUUUCCUCAGUUCUUUUUUAAGUGAAAAGUGAAAUCAUAAACGCUGCAAAAAUUCAGUCCUUAAGUUUUUAUACUUCAAUACAAAAAUUGUUGCAUUCUAGGCACUAUUCGAAAGUUAUAGUUGAGUUCAGAAACAAAAUACUUGUAUUUUCUUGCUUUCCUGCUUCUGCUUUCAAACUACAACCGUAGUUAGACUGUAAGGUCGCGACCAAUGAAAUAUAUCAUUUUUUACUUAAGAUUUUUUAAAGUGUAAUAUCUAAUUAAAUUAUAUAUGCUUUCAUUAUCUAUAAAUCUUGAAAUAGAGCAUAUUUUUAGAUUAUAAGAUUAUAUAUGUUAAAAGUGUGCCAGUUUUUACAGUUUUUUUUACUAAAAAAACAUUAGUAUGCUUCCCCUGUGCCUAAAUAAGGCAAGUAACUAGAAACUGAAUUGAAUUUGCUAUAAGAUUGGCUCAUUUAUAAAAAUCUCGUUACUUUUUGUAAGAAAUCCACAUUGAAUUGUAAUUCGAAAUUAUAAUUAAACCUAUGACACUAGGUUAUUAAUAAUAUAAGUUAAAAUAAUCGUUAGAGUAAGUACAGUUGCAAAAUAAAUUAGUUUUUACUUUGAUGGAAUUAUUCGCGCAGUCGGAGAAAUAAUUGGCGCCCAAUUUGAAGACUAAUUGAUUUUGUACUUACAAAUUUUUGUAUAAAAAUAUAUUUUAGUACUGUGUCUACAAAAGAGUCUGAAAUAAAAUGAAGGUCAACGAAGGAAACAAA